CUGGCUAAGGUGCGAGCGGGUCCGCUGCGGGCUCCGGCGCGGAGCGGAGUGGAGCGGAGCGGAGCAGUCCGGCCCAGCCCAGCGCAGCCCGGCGCGGGCAUACGCGAGCCGGCGGGUGGCGGUGGCUCCCAGCCCGGCUGGUGCUGGGCCUCCGACCGAGCUGCGGCCGAGCGGGGCCUUGGCCCGCGCUCUGGGGAAGCCCGCCGCGGCGGGCUGCAGGAGGAAGCGGCGGCGGCGCGUCCCGAGCCGUGCGCGCCAUGUCGGGCGGGCCCCCCAAGGCCCUGCCGUCCACUGGGCCCCAGUCCCUGCGCGACAUGCCGCACCCGCUGGCCGGCUCCAGCAGCGAGGAGGCCGUGGGCGGCGACAGCACGCCCAGCCCAGACCUGCUGACGGCCCGCAGCUUCGGCGACAAGGAUCUCAUUUUGCCCAACGGCGGUACUCCAGCAGGCCCUGCAAGUCCGGCUUCUUCAUCUUCCCUUCUCAACAGACUACAGCUUGAUGAUGACAUUGAUGGUGAGACCAGAGACCUCUUUGUCACGGUUGAUGAUCCCAAGAAGCAUGUCUGUACGAUGGAGACCUACAUCACUUACAGGAUCACCACCAAAAGUACUCGGGUGGAGUUUGACCUGCCAGAAUAUUCUGUUCGUCGAAGAUACCAGGAUUUUGACUGGUUGAGGAACAAACUGGAAGAAUCCCAGCCCACUCAUCUCAUUCCCCCACUUCCUGAGAAGUUUGUGGUAAAAGGUGUUGUGGAUCGUUUUUCAGAAGAGUUUGUGGAGACCAGAAGAAAAGCUUUGGAUAAAUUCCUGAAAAGAAUUACGGAUCAUCCUGUGCUUUCUUUCAAUGAACACUUUAAUGUUUUCCUUACUGCUAAGGACCUGAAUGCCCAUAAGAAGCAAGGGAUGGCGUUGCUGACUCGAGUGGGUGAGUCGGUCAAGCAUGUCACUGGCGGCUACAAGCUGAGGAGUCGGCCUCUCGAGUUUGCAGCCAUAGGCGAGUACUUAGACACAUUUGCGCUCAAGCUGGGAACCAUUGAUCGAAUAGCCCAGCGGAUCAUCAAGGAGGAAAUAGAGUACCUUGUAGAGCUGAGAGAAUAUGGGCCUGUGUACUCCACAUGGAGUGCGUUAGAGGGGGAGCUGGCUGAGCCCCUGGAGGGUGUGUCAGCCUGCAUCGGCAACUGCUCUACAGCCUUGGAAGAGCUGACAGAGGACAUGACAGAAGACUUUCUACCUGUGCUCAGGGAAUAUAUUUUAUACUCUGACUGCAUGAAGAGCGUGCUGAAGAAAAGGGACCAAGUGCAAGCCGAGUACGAAGCCAAACUGGAAGCUGUGGCUCUGAGGAAGGAAGAGCGGCCCAAGGUACCAGCAAAUGUGGAGAAAUGUCAGGAUCGGAUGGAGUGUUUCAAUGCUGAUCUGAAAGCCGACAUGGAGAGGUGGCAGAACAGCAAGAGGCAGGACUUCCGGCAGCUGCUCAUGGGAAUGGCCGACAAGAACAUCCAGUAUUAUGAGAAGUGCCUCAUGGCUUGGGAGUCGAUUAUCCCACUACUGCAGGAGAAGCAAGAGGCCAAGUAAGCUCCUUCUUGGGACAGAGACUCUCCUACCUAUGCCGGGCAUGGCGCCCACACCGGAAUGUCCCUGCAGUGCUAGAGAGGUAGCACCAAGAAAACAACACAGAAACAUCUCGCGUUUGUGUAUUUCUUUCCCUUCCCCCCCACCUUUGUCCGACAGUUGUUUUCAGUGAGUAUUUAUUCCUUGGUGGCGUCUGUAAGGCUGUCAUCAUCUCUCAGCAGAAGAAGCAUACCUCCGUGGUGUGAAGGAACCUGUUCGCUGGGACACUACGAGGAUUUGAAACUGAGGGACAAGACAGCCCUCAGCUGACAUUCUGACAUCUCGUUACAGUCCCCUCUUUGGGGACGGCAGAGUUGCCUGCCGUGGAAGAGAACCCGGGUCCUGCCUUGCAAGGCCGUGAGGAAGGCAUGGACAGAAGGCAGCUCCUGCCUUCCGUGGAUGCACAGUGGCUCUGGAAUCGACCUCCACGGGCCUCGACUCGCCUUGGCCUAGAAGGAGGUGUCGGCGCCUCUGUGGAAAGCCCUUAAUGUACAGUGUAGCUCUGAGUGUGGCCUGCUGCCUGCCUGUCAUGAGUGACACCUGUGUUAUGGUUUCCGGUUCGCAUAGGACCGUUUAAUCAGUGUCUAGGUGCGUCCAUGCUAGAGCAAGCAAGCUAGCAUCCUUGUCCUUUAUGCGAUGCCUUGGGAAGCUGAGGGGGCAGUGCACCCCGAACUUGUUUCUGACACUAAAAUGUAGUAGAUUGGAAACCGUUUUGUGUAAAAUGAAAAAAAGGUGCAUUUUUCUCUGUGA